CCUGUGGGUGCCUGUUUCCCUAAGCUCUUAGCAAGGUUAAUUUUUUUCAGCCUUUGCCAGUUUGAUACGCUCACCUGAUUUGUAAAGAAUUAACACACCCUUCUUGACAUCUGCCAUAGUUAAAAGUACAUCUCACAAGACCCUCUGCCUACCCUUCCCUAGUGCUUAAGCCUUCCCAGAAAUGAUGUGCAGCAUUUUGAUACUAUCAGUAAUAGAUGUCACCACAAUAAUUUGAAAAAUGAAGAACUUAGCUUCCAAAUAGGUGAUCACCACAUUCUGACCACCACAUACCUCUUUGCUAAGCCCCUGCUAUUCACAAUACAUCCCAAAAUCUCAAUACAGAUACUUUCACACUAUCCUCUAUAAUUAGUUCCCUUCGUCUAACGUGAAACAUUUGCCUUGAAGGUUGAUAAGAACAGGACCAUGUCCCUAAGCAAGGUCUCCAUUAGGUUAACUAUACCUUCUGCAGGUCUGAUGUGAGGGUGAUGGAGAAACUAUAAUCCCCAUUUUACAGGAAAGGUGGAGCUGGUGGGGAGAAGCCAAUGGUGAGAUGACAUCUGAGAGGACAGGCUAACCCAUUUCCUGAAUUUCCCACGUGGGGACAGUCUUAGAGCCCGACAGGCUUUGAGGCCCGAAGAUGAGCAGCAACGGCAGCGCAGUGGGCCAGCUCCUCUGGAGCAGGCCGCUGUGCGUCGGCUGGAGGCGGGACCAGGAAGGGGCUGUCUACCACCUGGCCACCUGCCUCCUGCUCCUGGGCUUCAUGGGGGGCAGCGGGGUGUAUGGGUGCUUCUACCUCUUUGGCUUCCUGGGCACGGGCUACCUGUGCUGUGUGCUGUGGGGCUGGUUCGACGCCUGCGGCCUAGACGUCGUCCUCUGGAGCGUGCUGCUGGCGACUGCCUGCGUGCUCCAGCUGGCACACCUGGUGUACCGCCUGCGCGAGGACACCCUCCCCGAGGAGUUCGAGCUCCUCUACAAGACGCUGUGCCUGCCCCUGCAGGUACCCCUGCCAGCGUACAAGGAGAUCGUUCGCUGCUGCGAGGAGCAAGUCUUGACUCUGGCCACGGAGCAGACCUACGCCGUGGAGGGCGAGACACCCAUCGACCGCCUGUCCCUGCUGCUUUCUGGCCGGGUUCGCGUGAGCCAGGACGGGCAGUUUCUGCACUACGUCUUUCCUUACCAGUUCAUGGACUCUCCCGAGUGGGAAUCGCUGCAUCCCUCUACGGAGGGGGUCUUCCAGGUCACUCUGACAGCCGAGACCGAAUGUAGCUACAUUUCCUGGCCCCGGAAAAGUCUCCACCUCCUUCUGGCCAAAGAGCGAUACAUCUCUCGCCUCUUCUCAGCCCUGCUGGGCUAUGACAUCUCGGAGAAGCUCUACGCUCUCAAUGACAAGCUCUUUGCUAAGUUCAGGCUGCGCUUCGACAUCCGUCUCCCCAGCCUCUACCAUGUCCUAGGUCCUGCUGCCCCAGAUGCAGGACCAGAGUCUCAGAAGGAUGACAAGGACGUCUGUGAGCCUGCCGCAUCCCCCUCUCCUCAGGCCCUGCCCACAUCUGUCCAGCAAACACCCCCUAGCUCCCCACCUCCAGCGUCUACCAACCCUCCUGCACCUCCUCCCUGGGUCAGGAUGUCCAGGCCCGACAGCAGCGUCCUGGGUGAGGACUCUACCAGUCUGGUGCUGGAGGAUUUUGAGGAGGUGUCAGGAUCAGAAUCGUUCAUGGAUUAUCAGAGUGAUGGGGAGUACAUGAGCUUCUAGAACUCCUCUCCAGAGCUACUCUCAAGUUAUGUCCAGGGGACGGGCCCCCUUGGCUCCAACUCUGACUCCUGAACUGUAAGGAUCAAUGGACCAUCCUCUUCUCUGGCCACAUUAAUCCUCACAGGAAGGUGACUCGUGUGCACACCCCUCUUCUCACCCACUGGAAGGCUCUCAGGCAAGGUCGGAGCAGACACAGAAGAUGCUAAAGUGCUGCAGCCACACCAAGGCCCCCGAGUGACUUUCAGAACUUUGCCUUCACCAGGCUUCCUUCCCAGAGAAGGCAUCCCAAAGUGCAAAAGCACAGAUUCUAUCCUUUACUAACUGCAGAAUCUCAGGCAAGUCACAUAGCCUCUCUGAGUGUCUGUAAAGUGGGGAUUAUAAAACCCAGUUCACAGGGUUGUGAGGAUUCAAUGAGUUGAUUCAGGUAAAGCACCUAGGACAUGGCGUGGCACCUAGUAAGCACUCAAUAAAUCACUCAUUUCCUUUC